AUGGCGGUGCAGCAAGAAGAGCAGCGAUAUGCAGACGGCUUUGCUGAAUACGGCAACUUCUACGGCGGACCAUCAUUCGAAUACCUUGCGCCCCACCCGUCGAUAUCUCCAACAAUAACAGGGAAGGCUGACGAGAAUGUCACUUAUCUGAACCAUACUCGCAAGGUGCCGCAAAAGCGGGAAGAGGCAGCAAGUCUUCCUUUGGCUUCUUCCAUUACUGGGGCUGGGGGCAGUAUCGCUAUGCAGCCACUCACAGCCGAUGGCAUAUCUCUUAAGUCUGGCAACGUCUUCUCACCACUUCGCGAAGAACCACUACUAUCCCAUAACCCUCAAAUGGAACCCUUUUCCGAGCCCCCAACCGAUGAUAUUCCCCGACCUCCCAGAAGCGAAGACUCGCAAGCUAUUCGGCCAGAGUUCCCACAACGCGCGUCGAAGUCUUCUCCACCACAGCCUUUACGAUUCCUAGAACAUGCAUCAACAGUCCCCCCUACUCCUCCGAUGUCUUGGGGAAGCAGCGAUAGCACCGAAGAUGGUGUGUCAGACAGGAUGCAAUCCAUGUAUAUCGCUUUUGAUCAUCUUUCGCCUUCCACUUCGACACCACAGCCACUGAAGGUCGUACAUGGCAUCUCUGAGCGCGUGAGCACUGCCUACAUCAUGAAUGGUAAUCGCAACUCUAGCAUGGGCUCAUCAGCACUGCCAGAUUUACCUGGUGGUCUAAACCAGUCAUCACGAAGGAAUAUCUCUAUAUCAACCACGCAAAGCAUCGACGAGGCACCCGAAUUGAGUGCCAGCGAUGCUCGAGCUGAGAUAAUGCGCAGACUAAGCAGAAAGGAGCCGCCGUCAGAUCGGAAGGGUGCAUCUCCGUUCAAGAAGAGCUUCUUACUCAAAAGAGCGGCUACUACGCCUAACCCAGCUAGUAGCCCAUCACAAAACGACCUGACCGAUAUUCUCGAAGAAGUCGCUGCAGAGGGUAGUCUUUCACUGGUCAAAGCAGUCAUCAGUAUGGGAGCGGACCCUAUUUAUCGAUCAACUGGUAAAUUGAAGAAGGUAAAGCACGAAGCCUUGGCGAAAGCUACCAUGAACGGACGAGCCAGAGUGGUCGACCAUCUCUUGAGAGAGGGUGCCAUUUACGGAGACGCAACGAAAAGAGAAGACUACACUCCAAUGGAUCGCGCGCUCAUGGCGGCUGCCUACAAGGGACAUGCAGACCUCAUCGAUUGUCUUGUAUAUCAUGGCGCAAAUCCAAUGGUCGAGCAGUGGCCAAGAGAGAUGUAUGACGCGCAGCAUUAUUGGAACGAAGUACAGGUUCGCGUUACGAAGACCAGCUUCCUUGAUGGUCUAUCGAAAUGGAAGAAUGUCGAUCGUGGUAUGAGUACCCUGAAACUCGUCAUGCAACAUCAAAACUUCGACCCCACAGCUUGCGUUGCCGGAGCAUUCGACAAUAAAAGCGAAGUACAGACUGCAGGGCCCGCGCAUCGCCCGUGGCAAACGACGUAUGAGUACUCCGUUUUGUCUUGCUUCGUACGCGCUGGAUGGGCAGAUGCUGUGGAAGAGAUGCUGAGCAUGAAAGGAAUGCCAAGAGACUACGAGAAAGAAGACGAUGUCUUGCUGCAUCAGGAAAAGCUUACAAGACUCGUAUCACCAAUCAAUGCAUUGACGAAAGAAACCUGGGAGAAGCGACCGGAAGACGCACUCCGCAUACUAAAGCUGCUGAUUGACAGAGGCUUCAAUUUAUGUCUCACGCAACGGACAGCUACAGAUCUGGGCCCAAGAGCAGCGCUAAGCCGUGCGAUUUCAGCAGACGCUGCACAGGCGGUCGAACUCAUCUUGCAGACCAAAGGCAGUUUGGUACGAGAGGAACUGUUCUUCCGACGAAAGAAGAAAGAGACCAAAGCGCUACCACUCGCCACUGCCCUCUCACUCGACUCGCUAGAAACAGCGCGUGUGCUUCUCAGAGCAGGAGCACAUCCCCGCGACCCAGCUUUCGAAGACAUGAAUGUUCUGCAAUUUGCCGCGUACCAAGACAGUCCGACGAACACCACAAUGCUCGAAGAGAUGAUCGGCCUCGCCCCAGAACUAACAUACGACGCCUUGAGCUACGCCAUAAAAGGCACCAAUAAAAACGCUGUGCGCGUCCUUCUGAACGCCAUCUCCGCAGCAGCCCUGCGCGAACAAAUUGCCGCUCUACCACCCAUAUACGACAUGCUGCUGCACUGCACUCCCCCCACCAAACAGGAAAUUCAAACCCAGUAUCUUGAGCUCAUCGAUAUGGUGGUCCAAUGGGAUGUUGGAUAUGCGUUGCAGCGACCCAGGCUUUCGGCGAUUCUGUCGGCGAUUCGGAAAGACAACUACAUCGGUAUGGAGAAGUUACUCCAGAACGGCGUGGUGGAUGGCAGGAGUUUGGUCUUGAACAGCAAGGCGCAGCCGUGCGGCGAGUUGGGAACAUGGACUAUGCUCGAGUGCUGCGAGUUGACGGAUAGGAGUUCGGAGUGGUUGGGUUUGCUGAGGAGUUAUGGGGCGCCGCUGUAUCAUUGA